AUGCCCUGCCCAUCCUGCCCUAUCAUAAAGAAAAUCAUUUCUGAAUAUGAUCCCAAUGACGAUAACCCACCUUGUUCAGUAAAAAUCGGCAUCCACUAUGUCCCUGUCAGCAUUGUCCGAAUUUGGGAAGUCCUAUUUCAGAUUCACAAUGUCCAGAGGAUGUGGAGAGAGUCAGAGGCGCAAGUUGAGAAACUGGCAAGCCGUUUCCCUACUCACCGCAUUGCCAUCAAGGUGGCCAUAAAUCGACUCCUGUCAUGCGAAUGGAAUACCGAAGUCCUUGGAUUCUCAAAAUCAAUUUUGGGUUCAAUUGGGGGACUGAUACGUCAUCUCACCUUAUCCUGUCUCGUAACCACCGAUAUCUCAUACCACAUAGAACUUCUGGAAAGGGAUUUGGAGGCCCACGGAAUACAUGCUAGGCUCUUCAGCCCCAUUGAUGUCCAGUACCUGACCGGAUGUGCCAUGCAACUGGAUGGGAACGGCCACAAAAGAUACACAAAUGAUUGUACCUGCAAAGUUCUCCGCAGAUUUGGCUCUGAGCUCUCAUCUGGAACUAUGUCUCAGUUUGGUGGGAUCACUCACAUCAACAACAAUCAUUGGGUUGCCUUUGUGAUCUCCGCCACAGAAUCAACCAUUUACCUCGCAGACUCCUUACACCAGCCAACAGGAGUUGACAUCGCAGCCAAGGAGGCAGUCAAUGCUCUUCAAUGGUGGCUCAACAUGUCUUAUCUGGAAUCAAAUCAAUCAGUUCUUCCAUUUCACGUUGCGCCGCUGCCGAUUGCUUAUCAAAAUGAUGCCACUUCAUGUGGUUUCUUCGCUCUCAAUGCGUUGAUGCACUGUUUUAUUCCAAUGAAAUACCCACUUUGCAAAGACAUCGCAAUGCUGCGUGUCAAAUUCAUCACAUCAAUCCUUGACCACCAUAGUGCACAGGCAACGCCUAUCCCAGAAGCAACUGCCCUGAUGGUGAUGGCCACCUCAGAGGUAGCCACCUCAGCAGAAAUAACUGGACCAUCAGACCCAGUGAUAGCCGAGCCAGUGCCAAUGGCAUUCUCAUCAUUGGUGGCUACCCCUGCAGUAAUGACCCCAGUAGCAGAAACUGAGCAGCCAAUGACCUCAGACCAUACAACGAUCCAAGUGACAGCAACGGAAACUCCGACAGGACUCCUAACAGUAGCAGAACCGACUUACCCAGUAAAUCAAGGAGCUAGCAGAGCUGUGGUGGAGUCCUCAGUUAGUUCAGAUGUCAGAAAAUCGAAGGGAAAAAAACAGAAGUUGGACUUGGCCAUGCCGAAGGGGGUUCAGGAACAUGGGUUGCUGCGGUUCUUCAGCCGAAAAGACAGAAGUUGGAGAGGAGUCGAGCAUUAG